AUGCGUGCAACCUCUCACGUGCUGGCAGGCCUGGCUCUGCUCUCUGACGCGUGGGCCAAAGUAAAGUAUAUCGGUGUUGCUAUCCCCGGUAUUGACUUUGGCUGUGAUAUCGAUGGCAGCUGUCCUCUUGACACAGCACAGUUCCCUCUCGCUUCUCAUACACAUGGAGAUGGCGAAGGACAGAUGAAACAUUUUGUUAAAGACAGUGGCCUCAACACUUUCCGUCUUCCAACAACAUGGCAGUUCCUCCUCAACGAACAAGUAGGCGGCAAGCUAGACGAAGAAAAAUUCGGACAAUACGAUCAACUCAUGCAAAUAUGUCUCGACACUGGCGCCUACUGCAUGAUUGACGUGCACAACUUUGCACGCUACGAUGGUGGAAUCAUCGGCCAGGGCGGUCCCUCAGACGAAGCCUUUGCCGAUCUCUGGAGUCAACUCGCCGAAAAGUACGCCAAGGAGGAAAAGGUCAUGUUCGGGCUGAUGAACGAACCUCACGAUCUGGAUGUUAAUCUCUGGGCAAAGAGUUGUCAGGCGGCUGUUACGAGUAUCCGAAAGGCUGGGGCAAAGUCACAGAUCAUUCUGCUGCCUGGAACAAACUUUACGAAUGUCGAGACGUUUAUUACGACGGGGAGCGCGGAUGCUUUGGCUGCUAUCAAGAAUCCUGAUGGCAGCAAGGAUGGGUUGAUUCUGGAUCUUCACAAGUAUCUGGAUAUCAACAAUUCUGGAUCGUUUGAGGAGUGCACGACCGACAACGUUGAGGCCUUCAAGGCCAUGGCGGAUUGGUUGAGGGAGAACAAGCGCGUGGCCAUCAUUUCAGAGUCUGGAGCGUCUAUGGAUCCUUCGUGUAUGGAAAAGUUCUGCGCCCAGAACGAGUUCAUCGCAAAGAACUCUGACGUCUACAUCGGCUUCGUUGGCUGGGGAGCUGGCAGUUUCAAAUACGACUACGUCCUGACUCUGACACCAAUUAAGUCUGGCGAUGGAUACGAGGACAACAAGUUGAUGAAGCAGUGUAUCCUUGAUCCUUUCAUCAAGAACGCCCCUUCAGUCACCACGACUUCGACCUCAACAAAGACAACCAUGGUCAAGACGACAUCAACCAAGCCCCCUAAAAGCACAGAAACCGAGGCCGAAACUUCCAAAACAGAGUCCUCCGACUCUUCAUAUACAACAACCGAAGAGGCAUCGUCCUCUUCGACAGCGCAGAUAUUCAAAGAAGGAGAUGGAAAAGAAGCAGACAAGGAGGCGUCGACAAGCAAGCCAGAGGAAGAUGAUGACUCUGGCGCUUCACGGAGCAGGGACAUGUUUACAGGCGGAUACUCCUUCUUCCUUCCACCUUCACAGCUAGGAUCCAACAUGGCUGACGAUAAUGGCCCCUCAGAAGAUGCUCAGCCUGUGCCAACGAGCAACAAAUCCUUCGAGUAUCCACCAAAACUAGAGUCAGGCGGGUAUCUGCCCGACGAGGACUGGCCCGAAGCUCGAGACGAUACCGAGCUUCUCGCCCUUGAAGACGCCUUGUCCAAAGGCUUUGAUCCCAACACAAUCUGGUCAGAAGAAGAUGUGCUCGAGGUCUUCGAAGUGCGUGAUGAUGAGUCGGUAUCCAACGAUAGGAUGGAUUGGAAGUGCUGGAACACACCUCUUCAACGUUCUCUGCGUUUAUUUGACUUUGAGUCUGCCUGGCUUCUCGUUCAGCACGGGGCUGAUGUCAACUUGCUUAACUCUAACGGAACGACAGCUCUUCAGGAGGCUAUAGAGCGCCAGAAUGAGAAAGCUGUCAGGUUUCUCGUCGAACAUGGCGCAGAUCUCUGCAAGGAUGAGGCAGGAGACAAGGUUCCGUGGCAUAUGGCACUGGCCUCGGGAAAUAUCGUCAUUUUUCGUCUGCUGGUUGAAAGUGGUGCUGACUUGGCUUCUGCUUCAUAUUUUGAGUGGUCAAUCGUGGAUCUCGCUAUUCUUGCACAGGAUCAGAUGGCUUUGGAUAUCCUCUUACUUCAUGAUCCGGGGUUGAAGCCAUCUCCUUUACUAUCUAACAAGUCGAGAGAUGGAACAAAGGCCACACCUGCUGCAGCUAGAGACCUGCUUGCUGUUGCUACAAGCAGACGAUUCCUACCUUUCAGGGAGCUGUAUGGGGUGUACAGCCACGUGGUAUCAUCCAUGAAGAAUAGUCCACAAGAGGGCGGGAUGAACUUUGUCGACAGUGUGUAUCACGCUCUAUACGAGGCCGCUGGCAUCACAAGGCCGACGAAGCGAGAAACCCUGUGUAACCGGUGCUUGUCUUUCCAGUCUCACGUGUCAGGCUGGCGUUCCCGCGCCAAAGAAGCCAUAUCUAGCCCCCCAUUUCAGAUUCACGAGAGCCGCGACGCUCUCAACGAAUGCGCCCGGAGCUGUCGGCUCUGCGGCCUCGCUGCAGAUGUCCUCGACAAUGCUGAGAAAGAAACGUCGCAAGAGAUAUCGGACGAAAUGAAAAGGCUGGGCUUGUCUGGAGAAUCAUCCGAUGCGUCGCACAUCUACUUUACGCUCUGCGACCUGUGGAUGGAGACUGUUCUCCUUGUUUGGGACCCAAAGAGGGGGCUCGGGGGAUCCCUAGGCGGUGACUCACUUUCCGAGAGGCUCGUCUUUGACUAUAAUGAGAUCUCCGGGGAAGAUACGACUACGGGUUCACCGCAAGCAAUCAACGUUGCCCGAGAAUGGCUUCACCAGUGUAGGAACGCGCCUGGGCAUUCUCUAUGCCAGCAGUCCUACCAACGCGGGGACUCGAACAAGACUCUUCCGAUCCGAGUGUUGAACUUGACAGAAGAAGGCUGCGACCCUUACCUUGUAGAAGGAAAAGCCAUGGAAGGCCCAUACUGCGCACUUUCAUACUGCUGGGGUGACCUGGGUGCUACCAACACCAUCACUACAAAAGCAAACUUCUCGCAGUACCUGCAAGCCAUUCCAAUGGAUACCCUCCCAACCUUUAUACAGGAAGCUAUCCAAACGGCUAGAUCUCUCAGGUACCAAUAUCUAUGGAUCGACGCUCUGUGCAUCAUCCAGGAUGAUGAUCAAGACUGGGAUAAAGAGGCGUCCAAAAUGAGCGACGUUUACUCCAACGCCGACUUGACAAUCUCGAGCAUUGUAGCAAAAGACUGUCAUGACAACAUGUUUCAACCUCGUAUGCUGAGAGUCGCCCAGCCUGUGCCCCUGGACUAUUGGCUACCGAAAACACAGCGGCCAGAGUGGAAACAAGGAGUCGUUCAUCAGCAGGCUCUGUUUCCAUUCUGGACUUUGUCAAAAGUGUCUGCUCCGGGAGGGUUCUCACUGCCGGGAAGAGUUACAGUGGAUGGACCUAUAAGCUCCCGUGGAUGGACGCUGCAGGAGCAGCUCCUGAGCACACGAGUUCUCUACUUUGGACCUAGCUACCUUUACUGGGAAUGUCUCUGCUCCAUGAGCAUUGAUGCGGAUCCAAGCACUUCCAUAAUGUCAAGACUUGGAGGCGAGUUUGCAACCUUUGAGGUGAACCGCAGAGCUCAUCUGAAAUGCACUGUCAAAGGACUCCCUUCACCAGCAAAGGAGAAUGAACUUCCAGAGAGCCCUCAUGCCAUCUGGCAGGCCCUCAUCAAAGAGUUUACCUCAAGGAGUCUAUCCAAGUCUUCAGACCGCAUUCCUGCAGUCCUCGCCCUUGCCAAAUCUUUAGAGAAGACGGUCGAGGGCGAGUUUAUAGGUGGACUUUGGAAGGGCACUAAACUGCUCGAGAGCCUCUGCUGGAAGUCACAAGAAAAGGACAAUCAAGAACCCAGAGCACCUUCAUGGUCUUGGGCUUCUGUUGGGGGACAGGUGGACUUUAAUUACCUCAACCGUGAAGCGUUUCAUGAGCCAGUCCCAAUGGCAACCGUCGUAUCAGUUGACGUUGAAGCAAACCAAGCACAGAGCCAUGUCUCGGGAUCAGUGACUCUCAGAGGUACCUUGCACUGGAAAAAGAUUACACCAUCCUCUGAUGAAGACGCAAAGAGGCCGUUUGCUGCCAUUGAUGCCCUUGACCGUCAGGCUGACGUGACCGAGCACUGCUACGCCUUCGAUCUGGUUGCCUUUGAAAAAGGGCCUUUGUACGAAUGGCAUGGCCGGUCGAUGUGGUCUGAUGUGGGAGGGCGGCCGCCGAGCGAGGGUUGGGAUAUCUAUGGAGCAUGGAGAUGA